UCUCUAAAAAAGGCACCCUAUGUGAAAAAUAGCUGCUGGAUCUUGGGAAUAUAUGUGUAGUCUGCACCAGAAAAGUGGCAUUUUUCAUUGAUUUAUUUUUCUAAGAUAUAGCAAAGGAGACGCACAGCUGCUUCUGGACUUUCAGUCCUGGAUAGAAUGAAGACCAUCCUCGUUCCCUCGCUGCUGGGUGUGGCUGCAUUUAUUCUUCACGCUUUUGCUCUUGAAGAUCUUUCUGUACCCAUCGUGUCUGUGUGGCCUCCGGGACCAGAAAUCUUCGUCGGCGAGAGUGUAUUUCUUUACUGCAGAAUGGCAUCCAACCUCUCCUUUGCAUGGACCUACCUCUGGUACAGGCACACAUCCCACGCUGCCUCCACACCAAACCACAGGCACUCGCUCUAUGGAGACAGCUAUUCCAUCACGGCAGUAACAAAGGAGGAUGCAGGCAGUUAUUGGUGCAAAGCAGAACAGCAAGAGAGCAACCUCACCUCUAAGGCUCAGGUUGUGCUCAGAGUGUCAGAAGAGGCCCCUCCCUCACUAACGUUGACACCCAACACCAGGCAAAUCUUCAAAGGGGAUAAUUUUUCAGUGCAGUGCCCCACGUCUCCCAAGGGGUGGGAGCUGAAGCAGCUUUCUCCUGUCCAUCCGAACAUCACGACAGUGGAUCAAAGAACACCAUGUCCACCACCAGGGGGCGCUGUUUGCCCAGAAACAUCCAGUAACUGGUCUUUUGAAGCCACCAGUGAAAGCAGUGGAUUGUUCUGGUGUGAGGGUGUUGGAGGCCGCAGCAAUUCGGUUAACAUCACAGUAAACUAUGGCAACAUGCUUCUGAGGACUCCGGCCUUGCCCGUACACCUGGGGGAUGAAGUGGUUUUGUUCUGUCAGUACAGGACAGAAAGGCAAAAACAAGCAACAUUUUUUAGGGACGGAAUGGAUAUCGGGACUUUUAAUUUUUUCAGCUCAGAUGGAGCUGUAACUCUGACCAUUGGGGGGGUUAAAAUAACAGAUGAAGGCUCCUACAAGUGCUCGAGUCCAGACAGGAAGAUGGAGAGUCCAGAGAGCUGGCUGUCUGUGUCACCUGACCGAGGCAGCUGGAAGUGGUUUGCCGUGUCGUCUACCAUAGUGCUUCUGUGUCUCAUUCCGCUCAUAGUUUGGAUAAUUCACAGCAGGAGCCAGCAGAUGGUUUGCUCGCGGAGCUGCUGGCCACUUACUAAAGGCGAUGUCCCAUCAGUGCCUCUGCCUGAGACCAAGCAGGAUGUGACAGAAGUACAGUGGGACCUGUCCUGGAUGGAGAUGACCAGUCUGAUGGACAAGCAGAUGUAUCCUGGCACUUAAAGGACCUGGCUUGUUCAUGCUGACAGUUAAAAACAGUCAGACCGAUUUGUCAGACUGUUUUAUCCUCCACGUGGAAGCAGGCAGCCAAAGGGCCAAGUAUUUUUGACUCUAGAAAUUUAAAACAAAAGAUUUCUUUUUUGCUGUUCUGAUCUCUCUGUCCUGUGUUCAGGUCUGUGAUGAGGCCAGUUUAAGAGAUGGGUCAGACCUCUGUUCUGUGGACUGUGCUGCAUUAAAGUGGUGUGAUCGCUGAACAGUCCUGAAACUCUUUAACAACCGAAAAUGAAAAUGUUUUUGUUUCUUUCUAUUGCUUUGAAUGAGUAAUGAACUCUAUUCAUUAAAAACAAACUUCUCU